AUGGGAGUGACCUAUGAUAGUGUCAGUGCACUCCAGGGUGUGGCAAAUAUCCAAGCCAUGGUGGCAUACCCUAUAAAUAUUUCUGAGUCUUCCAGCAUGGAGAAGAUGACCAAACCAAAGCGAUUUGCACUUAUGGGUGGGGCUACAGGCCCCAAGAGAUUCACCAGUCCAGGCCACGCUAGUUGUCAUCCCAGUCCUCAUAGAAAUCCACACUCAGCUGUUUUUCCUCAUGUUACCAGAGGUCCAAUAACUUUUAAAUGGAAGGCAACAGCAUUUGGCACCCAAAACAGAGAUCUGAAGCCAUGGAUGAUGGCUUUUCUCAUGGUGUUAUCACUGACAGUGGUGGCAGCAACUGUCAGUCUUCUGGUUUACUUCUUAGUCUCUGGUCAGAAAAUGGAAUAUUAUCAUGGCACCUUUAAAAUUUCACAUCCUCUAGACAAUAACAAUUCUGGACAAAAGAACACAUACCAAUUUAAGGAAUUACAGGAGAUAAGUGAAAUUUUGGUGGAUGAAAUAUUCAUAAAUUCAGCCUUGAGCAAGUACUAUAUCAAGAACCAAAUAGUCAGACUGACUCCAGAGGAAGAUGGAGUAAAAGCAGAUAUUGUUAUGGUGUUCCAGUUUCCCUCUACUGGGCAAAGGACUGUAAGAGAGAAGAAAAUUCACAGCAUAUUAAAUCAGAAGAUAAGGAAAACAAGAGCCUUGCCAAUAAAUGUCUCAUCAGUUCAAGUUAGUGCAAUGAGCUCAUCAACAGGGAAGCUUACUGUGCAAGCAUGUUGUGGUAAACGAGUUGCCCCAUUAGUGGUCAACAGAAUAAUGUCUGGAGAACUUGCUGUCAAGGGUGCCUGGCCUUGGCAAGCUUCCCUUCAGCGCAGCAACAUCCAUCAGUGUGGGGCCACCUUGAUUAGUAAUGUGUGGCUUGUCACUGCAGCACACUGCUUUAAAAAUAAUGCAAAUCCACGUCAAUGGAGUAGUUUUGGAACUACAAUAAAUCCUCCCUUAAUGAAAAGAGACGUCAAAAGAAUUAUAGUCCAUGAGAGAUAUCGCUCCCCAGCAAGAGAGUACGACAUUGCUGUUGUGCAGUUCUCUCCUGCAGUCACCUUCUCAGAUGACAUACGCCGAAUUUGUUUGCCAGAAGCUUCUGCAUCAGUCCAACCAAAUUCAACAGUAUACAUCACAGGAUUUGGAGCUCUUUACUAUGGUGGGGAAUCUCAAAAUAAUCUUCGAGAAGCCAGCGUGAAGAUCAUAAGUAAUGACGUGUGCAAGCAACCACAUGUGUAUGGCAAUGACAUAAAAUUUGGAAUGUUUUGUGCUGGAUAUCUGGAAGGAAUUUAUGAUGCCUGCAGGGGUGAUUCUGGGGGCCCAUUAGUUGUGAAAGAUCUUAAAGAUACUUGGUAUCUCAUUGGAAUUGUGAGCUGGGGAGAUAACUGUGGCCAAAGAAACAAACCUGGAGUCUACACACAAGUGACUUAUUACCGACACUGGAUUGCUACAAAAACAGGCCUCUAA